AUUGUUGGGCGGGUAACUGGCAGUCAUGGAGGCGCUCUCUUCGUCUCAAUUGGAGGCGCUCAAAUACAGCGAAUUGCAGUCCCUGGCCAAGUCGGCGGGGUUGAAAGCUAACCUCAAGGCAGCCAGGCUGUUAAAUGCAUUAAAGAAUCACUUCUGUGAAGAAAAUAAAAAUAUGGGUAUCAAAAAGACAUCCCCAUCUGCAGAUAUUGAGGAACAGAAUGGCAGUCAAAUUUCCGUAAAUCCAUCCAAAAUCACCAAAAGGCAUAGAAAACAGAAAGAAGAUAAUACCCAGCAAACAACACAAGAAAAUGUUAAUGAAGAAAAAAUAGAACUGGAUUCAGAGAAAGAGGAUGCAGGAUUUGGAAAGAUACUGGGGAUAAACCAAAAUGAUGUAUCACAAAGCAGUGGAACAGCAGGAAACUUAGAAGACUUUGUCACUCCAAGUCAACAAAAAGAAAGAAAUUCUACUAGGCAAAAAGGAGUUGAAAGUAAAACUUUACUGGAUUCUCUUUCUGGAAAGAAAACUACUUGCACAGGAAGCAAAUCUAAAUUGGGAAGAAAAGGAACAGUUUCUUCUACCCCAGAUUUUAAGAAAAUUCAUGAGGCUCAGUUCAAGAAAAUGUUAUCUAUUGAUGAAUACUUUGAAAGGAACAAUAAAAUGUGUAAUUUCAGCAAUUCAGUUAAUGAAAUCAAGAUCCUGGCUAAGAAGAAUAAGUCUCUGAAGACUUCUCAAAAAGAAAAUCUAAAUACAAAUUCAAAGCAGGUACGUUCCAGUUCCAGAGGGGUUUUAUUAAGUCCCCCUUCUCAAAAGAAUAGGCUUUUUGCCACAGGCACUCCAAUAAAACUGCGGUAUUCAAAACGCAAUUCCCUUGGCACUGCAAAUAAAAGUAUUCUAUCUCGAAAAUCAUCCUUCAGUUCAACCAGCCUUUCUACAACUAAAAUGAAUGUCAGGUUUUCUGAAUCUACAAAAGACAAUGAAGAGAAACGUUCCCUUAUCAAGACUCCAUCUAGGAAACCUUCAUUUCUAAAAAACUGCACUCCAGAUAAUCAGAAAAGCAGUGAAUGUAUAACUAGCAAAGACUUCAAAGAAGGAACAGUGAACUGUCAGACAACAGAAACUUCUGUUACAAAUUCUGCUGUCAUUCCUUUCAAGUUUAUAAAUCAGACUGUAGAACCCACAAGCGCCAAGAAAUCAGUAUUUGAUCUACAAGCAAGUCUAUCAAGACCACUUACUUAUCAGCCACACAAAGGAAAACUGAAACCAUGGGGCAACCCUAGUGAAACUCACCAGAGACUAUCUUCCCGCAAGAAAUACUACAAAGAGCCACCUCUUCAAACCAGAGAUGGCAGACGGAAGAAACACAUACAAGAAAGAAAACAAAGAAAAGACCAAAAGCUUAGCACAUUUAGGUGCCUGACUAUUAUUUAAAGCUGACUUUCAAAUUGUUCUGUAAAUAAUCUUAAUACUGAAAAUCUUUACUUUCUUGUAAAUAAUUGUCUCUCCUUAAGCUAUCUAGUCUGAGUAUUCUUAUUUUAAUAUGAACAUAGAACACUGGCGCUACUAAAUUCAGUUAUUCAGUAGCUAAUGCUAUUAUCUUAGAAAGCUUAGAAACAUUUUCAAAAGGUUAGCUAUCUUUUCUUCUCUCAAAUCUGCUUAGUAUAUGCCUUAACUAUAUCCUAAAUUGUCUGGAAACAUUCUCUUCUCAACAACUGGAUCGAAGUUUAUUGUAUCAAACAAUUCAAUCUUCGAUUGAAUUUUAAAUUCAUUUAAUGAGAAUUUUUUUAUAAAAAUGUCUUAAUUUACUCCUAAUUAAAAUAACUGCGUUUAUAGAUAAAAGUUCAUUUUAA